CCCUAUGAAAAACAACAACAAUCACUACAGCAGGGCUAAGAAAAAGAGAUGGCCCCCUGAAGCUCAGCACUUCUGGCCCUUAUCACAGUAGUAAUCCCAGCCCAAUUGCUGCUAUUUCUACCGGAGCAUUAUAUGUCGAUGGUGCCGAGCCCAUGAACUUGGCCAGUCAAAGCGGGGAUGCUGGCGGAAGCCAGCUCCUGUUCGCCAACUUUAACCAGGACAACACGUCCUUAGCUGUUGGCACCAAAUCAGGAUACAAGUUUUUCUCCCUGUCCUCUGUGGACAAAUUGGAGCAGAUAUAUGAAUGUACAGACACAGAGGAUGUGUGUAUUGUGGAGCGUCUGUUCUCCAGCAGCCUGGUGGCCAUUGUCAGCUUGAAGGCCCCCAGGAAGCUUAAAGUCUGUCAUUUCAAGAAGGGAACUGAGAUCUGCAACUACUCCUAUUCCAACACCAUACUGGCUGUCAAGCUCAACAGACAGAGGCUGAUUGUGUGUCUGGAGGAGUCGCUGUACAUUCACAACAUCCGAGACAUGAAAGUGCUGCACACUAUCAGAGAAACUCCACCCAACCCUUCAGGAUUGUGCGCCCUCUCCAUCAGCAAUGACAACUGUUACCUGGCCUACCCAGGCAGUGCUACGAUAGGAGAAGUUCAAGUGUUUGACACAGUCAAUCUGCGAGCGGCUAAUAUGAUUCCAGCCCACGACAGCCCAUUAGCGGCUCUGGCUUUUGAUGCCAGUGGAACCAAACUGGCCACAGCCUCAGAGAAGGGCACAGUCAUUCGUGUCUUCUCAAUCCCAGAGGGACAGAAGCUCUUUGAGUUUCGAAGAGGAGUCAAGCGGUGCGUGAGCAUCUGCUCGCUGGCGUUCAGUAUGGAAGGCCUGUACCUGUCGGCCUCUAGCAACACAGAGACAGUCCACAUCUUCAAAUUAGAGACACAGAAGGAGAAGCCAGCGGAGGAGCCCACCACAUGGGGAGGGUACCUGGGCAAGGUCCUGAUGGCGUCCACCACCUACCUGCCUUCCCAGGUUACGGAAAUGUUCACCCAGGGGCGAGCCUUUGCCACCGUGCGUCUGCCGUUCUGCGGACAUAAGAACAUCUGCGCCUUAGCUGUGAUUCAGAAGAUUCCCAGGUUGUUGGUGGCUGCGGCUGAUGGUUACCUGUAUCUGUACAACCUGGAUCCACAAGAGGGAGGGGAAUGCACACUUAUGAAGCAGCACAGGUUAGACGGCAGCGCUGAGCCUUCCAAUGAGAUCCUUGAGCAGGGGUCACAUGAGCGCCCACUUGUGGCCCAAACCUACAGUGCUGCAGUCACUAAAGGUGUGUCACACAAAGUACUUUAUACAUCCUUAAUUCCCUUACAUUUUUGUUACUGUGAAGAGCAGGGCGCCGUGGGAGGGGCGGGGCUAGAAGAUGACCUCAACGACCUGCGCUUAGAGGAGGAGAACGAGCAACCGCCACUCAUCCUCGAAACUGACUGAAUUAACGGACGGCUGUACCCACCAAUCAGAGGGCUCCUCUGGUGCUGCUAUGAACAUGUGACACAAGGGGGGCAGGGGCAGGAUCGAAGACAGGCAGGGGGGUGUUUUUAAACGCUCAAAGUGUUGAAGAGCCUGUCUGUAAGUCUAUCUGUGCAUUUGUCUGAUCACAUACAUGUCUAUCUUUUCUUCCUUCCUCCCCCUCCCUCCUUCCCCUGCUCCCUUCUCCCUCAGUUUCGCCUGCGCAGGCCAAACUGAAGCUUUGCAUGUACAUGUGCCAACUGCUAAAAACAUGCUCCAAUGUGAAAACGAGUAUCUGUGAGUGUGUGUGUUGGACGUUUGAUCAAAAAACAAAAAAAAAAUACACGUAACCGUGUCUCCACUUAAGACACACACACACUGACGCAAGCACUGUGUAAAAUGAAAGUGAUUGUGUAAGUGCCUCGCUGCCCCAGUGUCAUGGGUUCUUCUGUCUGAGAGGGACAUCUCUUUGCAUUGGCUUAAUAAAAAUCUAUUUUCAGUUGUUGGAUCUUAAUCGGGGGUGUGUGCCAUCUUUUCUGACCCUUUCCUCUCUCACGCACAGUCACACACUGUCCCGCGAGGAGUGUGGCAUCAGUCAUCUGGCUCAACUGUACCCUCCAAAGAACAGUUCAGAAGCUUUUGGCAUGAGGCAGAGGUGUUUGCGAAUAAGAGUGUGUGUCUGUGCGCUUGGGCUGAGACCACAUUUGUGCGUGUGUAUGCUGGGCAUGUAUAUUAGCAAAACACUGAGUGAAUAGCCUCCACUUGUCCCCCCUCACGUUUACCUCAUCCAAACAGAGGCUCAGUGGACCUUCCCGCCCCCCCUCAGGCCUGCAGUCAUUGGGUAAUUUUAAACUCUGAUAUUAAUUAUCUUUUUUUUUAAUCUACACAACCAAUCAUAACCAAUGAUGUGUCAUGCGUAAAAAAACAUGCAUGGUGUUGUUGACGUGGUACUUUGUCCAUACAUCAAAGACAUUUAGGAGGUGAUGGUCAGCUAAAGGAAGUCUGCAGAUCAGCUUGGAAAGGCAGGAAGCUGUCAGUGACAGCAUCCUACUGUUUCUCUACUCUGUAAAUUACUAGAUGUGGUCAGAUAUCACUGUACCAUUAUGACCAUGGCUUCGAGAUUUUACGCUCUCUGGGGUAGUGGGUGUUUGGCCAUCGAGGGAACUGUGGAUUAUAAUUUGACUGAUUUGGAGAUCAGGCUGAGCCUCAUCAACUGGUCCAGGAUGCUGCAUGAUUCCCCAAUAAUCCUUUUGGUGUCUGAAGCCGCUAAACAAGGAUUAGCCAUGGGAUUUUGGAGUGUCAGGCAUUUUCUAAUGAUUUUGUAUAAAAUGUGAAAUGUUCAUCUGAAACUAAAAUGAAAAUAAAUUCCAUAUUGAUG